AGCGCAAAAAAAAAAAAAAAAACAGUCAGCUCAUUAACCACCUCCUCCUCUCUCUCUCUCUCUCUCUCUAUCUCUAUAUAUCUUCUUCCAGCUCUACUCUUAAUUAACUUGAAACAAAACGCCAUUCCAUAGCUCUCUCUUUCUCCAUUCCUCCUUGAGGUAUCGAAAAAUGGAAUUCCAAGUGAAGCACGUGGGCGGUAUAGAGAAUUGCUUUGUCUCUCUCCCUUUCAACCUAAUCCAAAUCCUUGAAUCCACUCGCCGCCCUGCUCCUCUCCCUCCACUUCUCACUCUUGAACUACGUUCUCCUUCCGCCAACCGCCACUGGACCGUCGCUUGGUCCGGUGCUACCUCCUCAUCUUCCUCCAUCGAGGUUGCGCAACAAUUUGCAGAGUGCAUUUCAUUGCCUGAUCAUAUUAGUGUUCAAGUCAGGGCUGUUUCUAAUGUUGUCAACGCGACUUUAGUAACCAUUGAACCUCAUAGUGAGGAUGAUUGGGAAGUUUUAGAACUUAACGCUGAACAAGCCGAGGCUUCCAUAUUAAAGCAGGUGAGGAUUGUCAAUGAAGGAAUGAGAUUUCCUUUGUGGUUACAUGGAGGCGCUGUCAUUACAUUCCUCGUGGUUUCAACAUCUCCCAAGAGAGCGGUGGUUCAACUUGUUCCAGGAGCUGAAGUUGCAGUUGCUCCAAAAAGACGCAAAAAGGUUGUUAAUAAACAAGAUGCCACUGUGCAGUCUUCUAAUAAAGAAAGUAAUAUGGCAAAGGCCCUGUUGCGUCUUCAAGAUUUAGACAGAAGAUUGUUUCACAAUUGUGAUGUCAAAGGUGUUGAGCUGGCCACCGCACCCACUUGUGUUGCUUAUAUGCAUCCUGAAACUGCUCAAAAGUUUUCUUUAGAUUCUCUGCAGUUGGUCACACUUGUUCCAAGAUUGUCAUCAAAAGAUGGUGUUAAGACUCUUGAUAGCGAUGCAUUGAGAGUGAAAAGUGCCUCUCCCAAGGAAGCUAACAAUGGAACUUUAACUGACAAGAAAGAAUUUCGUCAAGCAAUUGUCCGCCUUUUGUUUUCCGAUUCAAUGGCUAAAGGACAUGUAAUGAUAGCUCGAUCCCUUCGUUUGUAUUUGAGAGCAGGGCUGCACUCUUGGAUUUAUUUAAAGGGAAGCAUUACUGAUUUGAAGGACAUUGCAUCACUUUCACUUUCUCCCUGUUACUUUAAGAUGCCUGGACAAGAUAAGCCUGUUGAGAAGCCUGGUCUAGAACUGAUUGACAUCGAUAAACUUCAGAAACCAAGAAAAACUAGCUUGGACACCUAUAUGGAUGCUGUAGAUUGGUCAAUCCACGACAAAAUUUUUGCUUCUCUGUCACAAGACUUUCCUUCUAAACAGGAAGAAGAGACUGGUUAUCUGCCUGAUAAUAAAAAGGGAUUGAGAAGACUUCUUCAAGCAUGGUAUCGUGCACAGCUUGAUGCUAUUGCUUCAACUUCUGGGGUGGAAGUUAAUUCAUUAAUUGUAGGUAAAGAAACUUUACUUCACUUUGAAGUGAAAGGAUAUGACUUUGGGAUUGAUAGGAAGACCAGGGAAAAGGCAUCUUCGUAUUCAAAUGGAUCUCUAAAGAACAGAAAUAAGACUGGUGGAAUGCAACUUGAAUUCUUGUAUGUGCUGAGUAUUCCUGAGGAAUCUGUGCACGGAAUAAAGGUGAAUGCAUACAGUCUUGCCUUUGAUGAAAGAAAAAAGGAUAAUCUUGGAGUAGGGUUGUUUGAAAGGCUGAAACUAGGUGGCCCUGUGUCCUUCUAUUCUUUGAAGGAAAGUAACUCUUUUACAGGGUUUAGUUCAAAUGCAUCAUCUUUGAGCUGGAUGGGGACAACUGCUUCUGAUGUGAUUAACAGAUUGAUGGUGUUGUUAUAUCCUCCUUAUAGCACGUGGUUUAAUACAUACAAUCUUCCUCUGCCUGGGCACAUUCUAAUACAUGGACCUCACGGUUCUGGAAAAACCACUUUAGCAAGAGCUGUUGCAAAAUCCCUUGAAGAGCGUGAAGACCUCUUUGCCCACAUAGUUUUUGUAAGCUGCUCUGGACUCACUUUAGAUAAAGCCUCGGCCAUUCGUCAAACCCUUUCUGCUUCCAUAUCUGAAGCAUUAGAUCAUGCACCUUCCCUUGUCAUCUUUGAUGAUCUGGAUACCAUUGUGUCAGCCUCUUCUGACUCUGAAGGAUCACAACCUUCAACAUCGGUUGUUGCGCUGACAAAAUUUCUCUCAGAUUUUAUAGAUGAAUAUGGGGAAAAAAGGAAGAGCACAUGUGGAAUUGGCCCGAUUGCCUUUAUAGCCUCUGUGCAGACUCUGGAGAAUAUUCCACAGUCAUUGAGCUCUUCAGGAAGGUUUGACUUCCAUGUGCAACUGCCUGCUCCUGCUGCCUCAGAACGCGAGGCUAUAUUGAAGCAUGAAAUCCGGAGGCGUUCCUUACUGUGUUCUGACGACAUUUUGCUUGAUGUGGCUUCCAAAUGUGAUGGAUAUGAUGCAUAUGAUCUGGAAAUAUUGGUAGAUAGAACUGUACAUGCUGCCAUUGGCCGAUUUUUGCCUUCUCAUUCUACUUCUGAAAAGCAUGACAUACCCACAUUAAUCAAGGACGACUUCUCUCGGGCAAUGCACGAGUUCCUUCCAGUUUCUAUGCGUGACAUCACUAAAUCUGCCCCUGAAGGUGGCCGUUCUGGGUGGGAUGAUGUUGGUGGUCUUAGUGACAUAAGGAAUGCUAUUAGAGAGAUGAUUGAAUUGCCUUCAAAGUUCCCGAAUAUCUUUGUCCAAUCUCCUUUACGCUUAAGGUCAAAUGUUCUCUUAUACGGUCCUCCUGGUUGUGGCAAAACUCAUAUUGUUGGUGCUGCUGCUGCUGCCUGUUCUCUUCGAUUCAUAUCAGUGAAAGGACCUGAGCUGUUGAACAAGUACAUUGGUGCUUCUGAACAAGCUGUUCGUGAUAUUUUCUCAAAAGCUGCAGCUGCAGCACCAUGUAUUCUAUUUUUUGAUGAAUUUGAUUCCAUUGCCCCAAAACGAGGGCAUGACAAUACUGGAGUAACUGAUCGUGUUGUUAAUCAAUUUCUAACUGAAUUAGAUGGCGUUGAAGUUUUGACUGGAGUUUUUGUUUUUGCUGCAACAAGUAGACCAGAUCUACUUGAUGCUGCGUUGUUGAGACCUGGUCGGUUAGAUCGCCUUCUUUUCUGUGAUUUUCCAUCUCGGAAGGAGAGGCUGGAAAUCCUAGCAGUUCUUUCUAGAAAGCUGCCUCUUGCCAAUGAUGUUGACAUAGAAACAAUAGCUGCUAUGACAGAAGGAUUUAGCGGUGCUGACCUACAAGCUCUUCUCUCCGAUGCGCAGCUUGCGGCAGUUCAUGAACAUUUAAGCAGUGCAGACAUGGGUGACCCUGGUAAAAUGCCAGUCAUAACUGAUGGUAUUUUAAAGACCACUACUUCCAAAGCAAGACCAUCGAUAUCUGAAGCUGAGAAGCAAAGACUCUUUGGUAUUUAUAGCCAAUUCUUGGAUUCAAAGCGAUCUGUUGCUUCACAGUCAAGGGAUACAAAAGGCAAAAGAGCUACUCUAGCAUAAGAAUCUUCUGAGGGCCAAACAACAAGAUCAGUCAUGUAACUUAUACUUGACAAAUAAACAAGUGCUUCUACUCAAUAUCAUGGAUGGAGUCUGUGCAAUCUUUUCCGGAAAAAAAAAUAAAAAUCAAUAGUGCAAUUUGUUCCCAAUUUAAGAUCUAAUCAGAGACCCCUUAUCAUCCUCAUGACUUUAUAUACUAUAUAGAAUUGGAUUGUUCAUUCUUCGAUAGUUAAUAGAUAUGUUGAUGUAUGAAUACUGUAAAGUGGAUAUAGGCAUAGAGCACUUGCUUAUACAGUUCCGUCCAUUAUUAUGUACAACUGUAGACAUAACCAAGGACAAAGGCACGUAGCGAAGGUUCGCUCAGCACAUACUUUUCUCAAACGCGCACCUGCACUUGACUCGGAUGAUAGUGAACAAGAGAACUAAGAAGUCCAUUUCUUUUGUGCUUAGGAAAGCAAGCACAUGGGAACGUGAUGGAAUGAAGAAACUGGGAGGCUUUCCUAGCAAUUGUCGAAAGACCUCAUGAGGUAUAAUUUCAACUAUCUUGUGUUGAUGAUCUAGCAUCCUUAUGAGUGACAAGGUUAUAUUUGAGACUUGAGCAGUUUUCUUAAUGGAGGUCUUUAGAGACUUAUUUUGACGAUCAACAGUUUUUGUGAAUAAAACAUUAAGAGGACGAAGGUCGUUUUCUUUUAAUCA